CGCUCCUGCCAGGGUCCUGUAACUCUUCUCCUCCUCCUCCCAUCUCCUACUUUUUGAUGGGGGGUGCAGCGGUGAAGUCACAGUGAUGUCAUUUUAGGAUGUGAGAGUCGGGGGCAAGGUGAGCUGGUUUUGCGGUGAGUGGUGUCCCCCUCCACGGCCAGCGUUGCCUGAUCAGAGGCGCGGAGCGGCGAAAGAUGAUCAUCGCCACCGGCACCAAUUCAAGCUCCGACGCGCUCUGUCCCAAUCCUCCUGCUCAGAUCUCGGGCUAUGGGGCCUUGAUCUAUCUUGAUCCCAAAAUAAACCUUUACCACCACCAUGCCAAAGGACAGAAAUCAAGAAGAGUUGCAUUUUUAGGGCAGGUAACUUUGACCACGUGCCCCAAAGGUAAACUGGAUGGCCAUUGCGCAAAGGUGCCACUACAGUAUGUCCAGCGGGGCCCGGACGCACUGGACGCUACUGGCAGUUAUUGUACUGUGGACUUCUCUCUGGGGAAUCGUUUCAUCUUAUCCGAUUCCGAGCAGGACUAAUGCGACUUUACUGGAAAAGAAGUGGGAGACCCUCUUCUCCCGCUCCUACUUGGGUAUAACUGGGGGGAAAUCGGAGCUGAACUGGGAGAGUGACUAUUUGCAGGGCAUCAAAAGAGUGCGACGACUGUACUGCAACGUGGGCAUUGGGUUUCACCUGCAGGUGCUCCCGGAUGGCAGGAUAAGCGGUGAACACAAUGAGAACCAAUACAGUCUGAUAGAGAUCUCCACCGUGGACCGAGGAGUGAUCAGCCUGUUCGGAGUGAGGAGUGGGCUGUUUGUCGCAAUGAACAGCAGGGGAAGGUUAUACGGAACGAGAGUCUUCAAGGACGAGUGCAAGUUCAAGGAGACUUUGCUGCCCAACAACUACAACGCCUAUGAGUCUUUUGUUUACAAGGGCUUCUACAUCGCCCUCAGCAAGCAUGGCCGUGUAAAGAGAGGCAACAAGGCCACCACCGCCAUGACUGUCACACAUUUCCUCCCACGACUAUGAGACAAACUGGCAAUAACUUAACAAUUUGCACAUGUGGAUGUUCCUCCAGGUAAUAUAGAAAUGCAUAGUAAUGAUAUACACACCCAUGGACUGCAAAAGAAAAGACAA